AAUCUUCGUCGUCCAAUAUUCUAGACCCUAACAUUGCGUUAUCGGGGACACGCCUUGCUCUGGACCGUUUAGACCGCCGAAACAGUCCCCCUACUACCCGGGAAGAAUAUAUUUCCCUCGGCGUGCGCUCACGCGGCCAGCAAACGGGUCGCAGUAAGAGAUAUCUCCAAGACGCGCCUUGCUCUGGACCUUCUAGACUGCCGAAAAGGACCCCCUACUAAUUGGGGAAAUUUGUAUUUCCCUCGGCGUGCGCCCACGCGGCCAGCAGCGGUCAAAGUAAGCGAUAUCUCCAUGGCGCGUGUCACAACGACGAGUGAUUCUCGACGCGGGCAUGUCCGAGGCAAGAGGUAUUUCUGAUCUUCUUUUGAGUCGACUCAAAAGCAUCUUCUCUUAUCUUCAUGCGCGAAACUAAGACGAGGGAGAUAGUUUCCUCAUGCCCGCGUCGCUCCGCCAUGGCUCCACGUUCGUUCCGUUCGCUCCCUCUCCGCGCUUCCGCGGCGGCAUUUCCGCAACGGGCGCAGCUCUGACUGCGGCAGGGUGCGUCCUCGUUGUAAUCAGCCUCACUUACGCAACUAUAAUCUGGCCAAACGCCUUCGCUCGUAACCCUUUGCUACUACCGCCAGAAGGAUUGACUGGUCAAAUCAUCCCUGCGAAAGAGCCCGUGACAUACACAACUGCUGAGGAGAGUGGUGAAAGGGCAGGUGAAGGGGCAGGUGAAGGGGCAGGUGAAGAGGCAGGUGAAGGGGCAGGUGAAGGGGCAGGUGAAGGGGCAGGUGAAGGGGCAGGUGAAGGGGCAGGUGAAGGAGCAGAGGAAGGGGCAGAGGAAGGAGCAGAGGAAGGAGCAGAGAAAGGGGCUGAGGAAGGAUCAGGGGAGAGAGCAGGGGAAGGAGCAGAUGGGGCUGGAGCGGAAAUCGAACCAGACAUCUCAUCCAUUGAUGACAGCUCAGCAACAUCUCCACCGUCCAGUCCCACCACAGCAGAGGCCAUCCGGAGCAUCAUCGGCCAAUGGGAUCGCAUCCCGGGAUCCGUUCUGUCCACGUCAGCACAGAUCCAAUUCUUCAAGGAACGUUUCGCUUGCAUCAGCAGGAACGGACGGUGGAGAUUCAACGCCACGCCGCGCCUGCUGCCGUGGCCGGGCGAGAUGAGUCCGUGCGAUGAGAGGCACGUGGAGGCUGAGGGUGGCGUGGCGAUGGGUGACGCCGAUAGGGUUGUGGAGGAGGGCCAGAGAGAGGGAGAAUGGAAGGUGAGAGAAGGGCUCAAGUAUGAGUGGAGGGUGGUUGGACAGGCAGGGGAGGAGGGAGAGGGUAGCAACAGCAGCAGCAGAAUCAGCGGCAGCGGUGGCGGCGGCAGCAGCAGCAGCAGCAGCGACAAUGAUGGCAGCAGAUACCCUCCCACCAAUGGUAGCGCAGCUAAUGUGAGCGAGCUCCGCAUCGGCGAAAGCCCGAGUGCACCUGGUUCAAGUGGUGGAGGGGGCAGCCGCCCCAGCGCGGGGCAGUGCGGGCGGUGGGAGCAGUUUUCGGGUGAGGCAUUGUGCCGGGUGGUGGCGGGGAGGAGCGUGAUGGUGGUGGGGGACUCGCUCAACUGCCAGCUGGCUCACGCGCUGCGCUACAACGUGCGCGUGGGGGCUCAGGACCGUGCGUCUCGGGUGCGGCGGGGGCGCACCACACUGUUCUGCCGGCGGCUGAGAGGCGCGUCCAACUCCCUGUGGCAGUCACUGCAGCGCUGCUGGACUGCCGUGCUGUGCGGGGAUGUGCAGGGGAGUGCGGGUGGGGCCUUGGAGGAAGGGAGGGAUGUGCAGGGGAGGGCGGCUGGGGGCUUGGAGGGGAGGGGGGAUGGGGAUGUGGAGGCAAGAGGAGACAGCAGCACCGGAGGUGGGGGGGAUAAGCCGGGUUCCUCGUUGGCGUUCAACCUGUUCUUUGUGCGCGACGACUACCUGCUCUCGCCCUCACGCCGAAACCACUGGCUGAACAAGCGCCUCCAGGGCUCGUGGGUGGACGACCUGCGCGGUGAAAACGUCUCUAUACUCAUUGUGAACCGCGGGGCGCACUUCACGCGGCACGAGAAGUUUGAGCUGGAGUUCUCGGGGAUAUUGGCUUGGCUGAGAGACCAGUUCCCGGACCUGCUGAUUUUGGUCCGGGGAACGCCGGCCGGGCACUGGAACUGCAUGCAGUAUGACCGUCCUAUGGAGCCGACAGCUGAGAAGGAUAAUCAUGGUGGUAGGAAUAAUAAUAUUGGUGGGACUUAUAAGGGUGUUGGGCGUGUACCGGUGAAUAAGUACAACUGGGAGAAGUUGGCAUACCAGAAUGAGGUUGCGAGGAGAGUGGCGGAUGCGGUGGGCGCUGUGUACAUGGAUGUAGUGACUAUGACGGAGCUCAGGCCGGAUUCACAUAAGGGGGCUAAGGAUUGCCUUCAUUAUUGUCACCCUGGGCCGAUUGACGGCUGGGUGCAGCUGUUGUACAAUAUGUUGCUGGACCUACUUCCUCCUGUACAGUGAUGUUUUUAUUCCUGACUCCUGGCUUCGUUGUUGUCAAACAUUUUGUGUAUAUGUCUUUAAG